AUGGAGAACGACCAGUACGGCAUCCUCCGGUCCAAGAAGCUGCCGGGCCUCACCUGGCCCGAGGACCUCGAGGGGGGCCCGGCGCCGCGCGCGCCGGAGCCCAAGCCCGAGCCCGCGGGGCCCGAGGGCCGCUGGGCGGAGACGAUCGUGAAGAUCGACCGCGUGCAGAAGGUCGUCCGCGGGGGCACGAUCAUGCGCUACCGCGCGCUCGUCGCCGUCGGCAACCUCAUGGGCGCCGGCGGCUUCGCCUUCGGCAAGGGCCACAGCCCCCAGGACGCCGUCGCGCGCGCGAGCCGCCGCGCGAAGACCGAUCUCCGCUUCGUCGACCGGCACCGCGACGUCGCGCUGGCCCACGACGUCCGGGGCAAGCACAACAACUGCACCGUCGACAUCUACGCCGUGCCCCCGGGCAAGGGCAUGGUCGGCGGCGCGCUGGGGCGGGCCAUCAUGACGCAGCUCGGGUUCUCCUCCUUCACGAUCAAGGCGCGCGGCCGCCGGUCGCCCUACUCCUACGUCGCCGCGACCUUCGACGCUUUGGCGAACCUCGCGUCCGUCGAGGACAUCGCGCGGAAGCGCGGCCGGCGCAUCCUCGAGAUCGAGCACGCGCUCGACCGCGGGCGGCGCUACUGA